AUGAGGGCCAUUACGAUAUUGUUCAUUGUACUUGUAUCAUUCAUUUCUGCAAGUUACUGUAAGGACCUUAUAGUCGGAACUAGCUUCAACGCAAGACUUCUUUGGCAAGAGAAGGCUGAAUACAAUUCCAUACCUCUCAAAAAGAGGGUCAAGGAGGUUUUCUUCUCGGAUCCAGGGCAACAGAUUAUUAAGGGCAUCAUAGCACGGGAUUUGGAUCAUACCGACGCCAGUGCGACGGUCACUGCGGGAGGAGUGGGACUAUCGUACGCCAACAUAAGAUUGAAGAGUGAACGAGGCUCGGGUCUUAAUUAUCAAAUUGAAAUUUACGUCUAA